GGGUUCCGCCGGGGGCAGCGCGUCGCCGGCAGGCGGGGAGCGAGCGGGUGCCGGGUCCAGGCUGCCGCCGCCUUCUCACACGUGAAGGGCCGUAGCCGUCCCGCCGAAGAGCCCCGCUGUCCCGCAGUGCGGGGGCUGCCCCUCCGCCUGCCCUCCGGGCGCCGAGCCGCACCGCUCGCCCUCCCCCGCCGCUCUUGGGAGGCGCCGCGGCGCUGCCCCCGUGAGCGCUCCCACGGGGUGGGCGUGGGGAAGGGUGAGUGCUGCGGCGGCCUCCCGUCCGCGGGCGUCCCAGCCCCGCCGGCGGUGGAUGCGCCCGGGAGGAGCCGCCGAGCCCGCCCAGCCCUUCCAGCCCCUCGCGGGGGACGCGGGGACCGCCGCGAUGACUUGACGCCGGGCCGGGCCGUGCCGUGCCAUGGAGGGGAUGACACGCUUCGCGGUGGCCGCGGCGCGGUGGCGGCCGGCGCUGCCCGCCCUGCUGCCGCUGCUGCUCGCCGUGCCGGCGCUGCGGGGCUCUCCCGCCGCAGAUGAGAGAUCCUUGGAACAGCAGAAUUUUUCCUUUUUCUCAACGGUGCAUGAAAGCAUAUCAGGCAGCAGGACACAAACGACCUUAGCAAGGAGUACUUUGGAGUCCCAAGAAAGUGAUUUGCUUCAAACAGUUUUAUCAUCAGUUACCACUUCCUUUGAUGGGACUUUACUUAGCCAAGAAGAAACAGCCAUGAUUUCAGAAGGGAGAAGUACGCCGUUGGUAGAUGUCUCUGUAAGGAGCAAUGAGGCAUUCCUAAGUGAUGAUGAAUUUAUUAGCUCCUUUUCAAAGGCACAGUGGACUCCUCCCGUGAAGUCUUUUGCAGUUUUAACAGAUCAUCACUCAGUUAAUACAGUAGAGCCAUCAAGAGAAAUGUUAGAAACUGUGUUGCUAACACCUUCAUUAUCUGUCCUUUCUUCACUGUAUGAUAUCUCAGAAACAGCACAGCAGAAGACUCCGUUGAGUGCUGUCCCUGAACGCAGCUACACUCUUAUGGAGCUAAAGCCUUUUGUACCAGAUCCUGAAGUACUAACAGCAAGCAGAGACUUGCUCUUGUACCCUCCAAAUACAGCCGUUCCUUUCACUUCCAUUCCUUCUGACAGGGGAGUUGUGGCACAGGAAAACAUCAAUGCAAGUUUAACAGCUCUGCCUUUUGGGGGUGCUUCAGAAGGAUCUCCUCUCCAUCUCAAGCUGCUGGGUGAAACCAGCCCUGGGGCCCCAGAUGCCACAGUGCAAGGUGCAGACCUGUAUGGUGAUGUUUACACCCAUGUGAGUAGCAGGGCAGCAGAAUCUCUCAGUCGAAGGACUUACCCCACUCCAAGCAUUCCCUGGCUCACACCAGCUUCAGCAGCCAGUGCUGAGCCUGCUUUUUAUCCUAUUAGUCUUCCACUUGUGUCUUUUCCUCUUGAUUCAGCUGCCAUUUCCGUGAACUCUAAUACAAUUCUUAAUGCCAGCCUGUUUACACAUGAAUUCUCCACUACAGCACCAAAUUUGCCUGCUGGUUCAGAAAUACCAAGUCAAUCAGAGCUUGUCAGUGAGCUCAAGAGUCCAGUGCCUUUGACGAGAUCCUACAGUUACUGUCUGUAUUGUGACUCUGUUUCCCUUCUGCCAGAAGCAGGCUUUGCCCCAGAACAUGAUGUGGGCUCAGGUGAUGAUGCUGAAACUUUGUCCAUCAGAGCCUCUGAAGUACAAGGCAUAACUGCAUUUACAACUAUAAUUACUGAUGGGUAUGAAUUAGAGGAGCCUACGCCUGAGAUUUUUGAUACUUCUUUUCCAUCAAGACCAGUUGUUUCACUUUCUUCAAGACUUGCAGAAAUCCCUGACUCAAGCAUGUUUUUAUUAAGCACUACAGACACUAGAACACCUAUAACAAUAUCUCCCUCCUUCCAUCAGCUCCCUGGGGAAACAUCACUGAACAUCUCUGUUUCCCAGACCCUCCCUGUUCUGGAAACAAUUUCAUUGACUCCAAGUGCUCAUGUAGAACUUCCUGGUGCCACCACUGCUCUGUUGGACUCUACCGUCAUCCCCAGUGAGCCAGUCGCAUCGUUUGCAAUCAGUCGGACAACCUUGCUGGAGCUGCCAGAAUUAAUGCCAUCAGAAUCCGUGGUUUUGCUUGGCAAGACGUCUACAAGGGAUGAACUGUCUUUAAAUAUUUCAGAUUUUCCAUCCAAUCUUUUAUCAACACCAUUUCUUAUUGAGUCUAGCUACUUGUCUUUAUCGCUGACCAUGCUAAAUUCUUACUCUGUCAUGCAAAGUGAUUUAUUAACACUGUUACCUCAGACCUUGUUGACUGGGACAUCAGUGCUUCCUGAGGAUGUUACCAGCUGGGACUUAGCUACCACUGUCAGCUCUGCCACUGAUGCCGAGGUUUCUCAGUUACAUCUUAGCCAAACAUCAUACUUUCAUUCAAAUACAUCGUCCCUUCCAGACGCCCAGGUUCCUGAAAUAAUGGCAUCAUCAGAGUUUCACUCAGAGUCAUCUGUGUUUCUGGAAGCAUCCUCGGUACUGCCAGUGGGCUCUGAAGUUGUGUUUACCUCAGCUGCCACAGGAGCUACCUCUCAGUUGGAGCCUUCCUUCUCCACCUCUCCUUCUGUGGCUCCUACUCUGGUGCUGCCCACUCCUGACACCCAGUCUGUUACCAGCAGCAUCUUGCUCAGUGAAACAAAUCUGAUCUCUUCAUUUACUACCUUCCCAGCAACUCCUGUCUUAAACAUAUCUUCAUCUCUACUUUCAACUGCUCUGGGUUCUGAUGAGGAUAUUGGUGCUACAGUUAACCCCACGCUGCUUUUAACAUCUGGCAGCAGGGACAGUGUCCCCACAGCCCUUCCUCCCACAGACCCUGACAUCCUCGCAUCGGAUGCUGACACCAUCAGCAUAACGCCCUUUCCUACAGCAUCUCUGCCUGUGACCUCGUCGUUUGCUCCCACACAAUUCCCUCUGACUGCCAGCCCUCCCCCUGCACUUGAAGUUCCAUCAGGAAGCAGUGUAACUGCUGGUGCUGAUCCAUCAGCUCCUUCCACCGCUGCCACCAGUGCUACAGGCAGCCCAGGGACAAUCCCCUCCAGUGCUACAGGCAGCCCAGGGACAAUCCCCUCCAGUGCUACAGGCAGCCCAGGGACAAUCUCCUCCACCCCUCCGAGGACCACUACUCCACCUGAAGUGGUGGCUGUGACCUCUGCUGUGACAACCACCAGGCAGCCGUACGUCUGCGACAUCACCGUUCCCGACGCCUACUUAGUCACUGCGGUGCUGGCCCGAAGAGCUGUUCUGCGAAAUGUCAGUGAAUCCAUCAGAGAAGUGCUCAGAGUUCAGUUCAGGAGAUCAGUAGAGCUGGAGGUUUAUAAAAUUUCCCCCAAAUUUGCUUUCUUGGUGACAUCUGGUCCCUUUGUUUACACGGCAAUAGCUGUCAUAAAUGUGCUUGUGAACAGCAGUCUUCUUCGUGGGGAGGCCCCCAUCAUCCUCUCACUGCACCCUUCUUUCACUGUGCCAGACAACAGAUUCCAGGUUCAGACAGUGCUUCAGUUUGUACCUCGAAAUGUGGAUAUUGGAUUCUGCACCUUUAGCCAGCGCAUUGAGAGAGGGCUGACAAUGGCAUUCCUGGAGGUGAACAAGCACCAGGAGUCCUACAACUUCACUGUGCAGAUACUGAAUAUAACUCUGAGCAGGCCUGGGGUGGCGUUUCGACAGGGCCCUGUGAGCAUUGUUUUUGCCAUCCGAGACAGGUACGGUUUUCUCAAUGGGUCUGAAGUCAGCGAGCAGCUCAGAAACUUGUCCGUGGUGGAAUUCAGCUUCUAUCUGGGCUUCCCUGUGCAGCAGAUUGCUGAACCCUUUCAUUAUCCUAAGCUUAACGUGUCCCAGUUGAUGAAAUCUUCCUGGGUGAGAACAGUUCUCCUGGGUGUGGUUGACCAGCGCAUUCAGGAGGAAGUGUUCCGGGCUGAGAUGGAGCGGAAGCUCGCUCACCUCUUCAAUGAGGCUUUGCUCAGAGGCAGGAUCUGGAGGCGGGCCAGCUUUGCAGGCAGCAACAUUGUGCAGAUCGUGAACGUGUCACGCUUAGCUGGUGUUGAUAACCCCGUGGAGCUGAUCUAUUUCGUGGAGGACCAAGAUGGGGAGAGGCUGAGUGCUCUGAAGUGCUCAGACCUGAUGAACAGAGUGGACAUCCAGCGGGCUGCCAUCAUCCUUGGGUACCGCAUUGAGGGCAGCGUUGCACAGCCUGUGGAGAGGCUGAAGGAGCCCACGUCAGAGACUCAGAACAGCAACCUCUGGAUUAUCGUUGGGGUGGCAGUCCCAGUUACUGUGGUGCUCCUGAUUGUUAUUAUUUUAUACUGGAAACUCUGCAGGACAGACAAGCUGGAGUUUCAGCCAGACACAGUGAGCAACAUUCAGCAGCGACAGAAGCUACAAGCCCCCAGUGUGAAAGGCUUUGAUUUUGCUAAGCAGCAUCUGGGCCAGCACAAUAAAGAUGAUGUCCUGAUUAUCCAUGAGCCAGCUCCUUUACCAGGACCUAUUAAGGACACAACCCCAUCCGAGAACGGAGAUGUGCCCAGCCCCAAAUCCAAGACUUCCACAAAGCCUUCAAAGACUGUUCGACACAGAGGGAGAAUUUCACCAUCAGAUGCUGAAUCCACGGCAAGUGAACAAUCCAGCGGGAGAGAGACGGGAGAAGAAAGUGCAAGACCAUCAACUGCUGCAAACGAGGGCAAGCCACACAGAGCAGUGAAGAAGGGAGCAAACAGAGUGGGACCUCCUCAGACCAGCAGUGGAAACGAGCAGCACUCCUCAGCCUCUAUCUUUGAACAUGUGGAUAGGAUGUCCCGUUCCUCAGAUGCCAGCAGGCGUGUGCCAAGCAAGAUCCAGCUGAUUGCCAUGCAGCCCAUGGCAGCCCCUCCGGUCCAGAACUCUGUGCUCUCCGAUCGGGUGGCAGAGACCAACAAAAUCAAUAAAGAGAUACAAACAGCCCUGAGGCACAAAUCUGAGAUCGAGCACCACCGCAAUAAGAUCCGCCUCCGCGCCAAGCGCAAGGGGCACUAUGAGUUCCCAGUGGUGGAUGACGUGGUGGUGGUUGACUCCAAAGAGCAGCACAGGAUAUAUCGCAAGGCACAGAUGCAGAUUGACAAGAUCUUGGACCCUGGAGGCAGUGUGCCUACCGUCUUCAUAGAGCCCAGGAAGAGUUCUCGUGCAAAACGUUCUCCCAAGCAGCGGCGUCGCCAUCAGAUAAAUGGGAGUCCAAUUGAUGCUGAAAAGGACAGGUUAAUCACAACUGACAGUGAUGGGACAUACAAAAGGCCUCCAGGAGUCAAUAAUUCUGCAUAUAUUUCGGACCCGGACCUGCCUGCGGAGCCGCAGACGUCGUCCUCGGCGGAGGUGGGCAAGUUCGCGGGGCUGCCGGCGCACGCGGUGCCGCAGUACGUGCCCCCGCAGCCGUCCAUCGAGGAGGCGCGGCAGACCAUGCACUCCCUGCUGGACGACGCCUUCGCCCUGGUGGCUCCCAGCAGCCAGGCUGGCUCCACAGCCGUGCCUCCGCCCGGGGGCUCCGCGGGACAGCCGAGAUAUAUGGAAUUUGGAAUGACUCCGCCAGCAGCACCAGGUCUCCUACCGAGGCAGAACUUUGGGCCAGGUUUCCUUCAGCCUGCAGAGUUGAUGCAUGGAGAGCAGCCACCCCCUGAGGUUCAGUACUCCUCCAGGGGGAUGUACUCAGAGGAAAUGCCGUCAGUGGCACGGCCACGGCCCGUUGGAAGCACUGCAGGUUCUCAGAUACAGCACCUCACUCAGGUGGGAAUUGCUAGCAGGAUCGGAGGUCAACCAGUGGAGCUCCCCUCAGGCAGAGCAGGGCAUGGCCAGCCGGGGGGGCCAGGGUGGCCCCAGUAUCGUGGAGAGGAUGAAUGUGCUAGGCGAGAUGCAACGCAUAUGCAUGGACACCAAGAAUAUUCCUCCUCACCAGUAUUCCAGAUGCAGAGGACUUCAGCCAGGCAGCCCUCAGCACCUCCUGCUCAGCUUCCACACAACAGCCUUCAGGGCCAGGGCCUUUGCUACACCACCAGUUCCACUGAGGACCUCCAGCCAGGUCACUCGUCAGCCUCUCUUAUCAAAGCAAUUCGAGAAGAACUUCUGCGGCUCUCUCAGAAACAGACAACAGUGCAGAACUUCCAUAGUUGAUUUAGCAUUCCCUUGCAAAUCUGCCAGGUAUCUGCUUCCUAUGGAAGCAAAGACUCAGAGGAAAUCAGCAAUGUUGUUCUCACAAAGGAAGGAACUUCCACAGCUCUGUUGACAGCACUCUGGAAAAAUCAAAAAAGGCAACAAAAUGAGAAUCGUAAGGAGAGAUGGGGGACAAACAGGGUAAAUCAUCAGUGUCAUCACAAGUAAUGUUAAUUAAUCUGCUAAUAUUAUGGUGCUCCUCUUCUCUCCUUACCCUCAUUCAGGCUAAUACAUAAAUAAAACAGUAGGUCAAGAACUCUGUACUCCAGCAACAACAACAAAAAAAAAAUUACAGGAACUGUCUCCAAGAAUGAUAGACUCCUUUUUCUAAGGAAGUAGGUGAAGUUUUUAAUGAACUGAGAUGACAUUUUGCAAGAGAUUACAAGUAUUCUUAUCUCUCCAGUGCUUAUGGGGAACUGGUUUGUGUUGCUGUUCUGCAGGAUUGCAAACUGUAUCAACUUAAGGGUCUUGAAGGUCCAAUCUCACAUAGGAAUCACUUUGGUUGUCAGGAACAAUGGGACUGCUUAGGAAAAAAGUCUUUAUGAGUUACUUGCGUUAAACUGGAACAAUAAUUGUUACAGCUCUGUGGUUCUGAAUGGAGCUACCCUCUGCACUCUUCCUUGUUUUCCUUCUGGUGCUGAAGCUUCAAGUGUUCCUUCAUCUUCAAUGUUUGCAAAGUGAAACAUUGGCCUUGUAUAAUUAAGAAAAUAUUUGUAGGCUCAUUCAGGCUGGAAAAAGAAAGCAAAGCAUCCAAACAGAAAGGGCUUGGUAUCUAAUUUGUUUAAAAAUUACUGAAAACUGGAAGGGGAAUACUUAGCCACAGUUGAAUUUGGGGAAAUGUGUGUGUAUAUCUUUAAAAAAACAUGUUUGCAUACUAAAUGCUCUUGCAAGACCAGCGAUAAACUAUUGCCACUCUGUAGUUUGCUUUGUGGACAGAAACCAAUCCAGCCUGACUGGUACAGGGUCACCAGCAUUAUGUUAUAAAUUGAUGUCCUAAAUCAUUGCUUAUGUUUGGAUCUGAAUAAUUUUAGUGGAAGUCAGUGACAGUUUAGAGCAUUAACAUAGGCUUAGAUUUGCAGUUUUGAGACAGUUUCUAUAUUUAUACUUGUUUCCACUGUCCCUUUGGACAAAGGGUAAGCAUUAUCCCCAUGGUAAGAAUGGUACGUGCCAUGGAACUGUUUUGUCGCUGUUUUUUUCAGAGUUUUUAUUUAAAAUUAGCUACGAAUUUACUAAUAUUGGCCAUUGCAUAACUGUACCUGACAUAAUACACACGGACAUUUUGCUUAAGUCACAAUUGGUUGAAGUGUUUUCAUUUUCAGCUCAGAGUGGACUAAAGCUACUAAACUGGCACAGGGAUGGAGGGCAGGCUCAGUGUUGGUGAGGAGGCUCAGGAGCCCUGCCCGAGGGCAAUGGACAGCAGGAGAAUUAGGUGCUGCAGUGUUUCAAACACGAGCAGAUGGCGGUGCUCAGGGGUCCGAGGAGCAGAGAUCUGCCAGAGAGAGCACUGGGCAGCCAGGCAGGGGCUGCAUUUGCCUCAUUUACUGGGGUAGAAAUGGCAGUGGGGAAGUACAGGUGCCAUAACACCGGUGUAUGUGGUGGUCCUUGGCUACCACAUCUGCUCCUGGCUCCAGUGCAUGGUUCAGUAAGAAAAACAGGACUAAGAUUGAAAUGAAAACAGCUGGGAGGACGUGGUGGAAGAAGUCCAUACCUUAUUCAUGUCCUCCACACCUUGUUCAUGAAGUAUGUCCAUCCUACUUGCGGCCGAAACCAAAACCUCCAUUGCUCACUGAUGUGGAAAAAAAGGUGGUAUGUUUCCCUCUUUUCUAGGAAGCUCUGAUAUUUUUCUGUUUACCUAUGAUCAUCAAAAUGCUGUAUGAAACUGUUUUGAAGGACUCAGAGUAAUGAAGCAGUGUAAAUUAAUUUCCAGUUGCCUGGCCUAUGUGUAAAGCCCUCAUGGGCACUGGUUGAGGUUUGAAAGGAAUCAGAACACCAGCACAGUUGUAACAGCAGUACCAACAGGUCACUAUGAUUUGAAUUUUUUAAGUUUUUUGUGUGAUAACUCUAGGAUAAAAAUAAACAUUUGUUUUCUGCCAA